CCUGGGCGGGGGCCCGGGCGCGUUAAUUUUGCAUGUGGUCGAAUCCCACGGCCCAGGACGUUCAGGCCAGAGGUUUAGUGGGUUCUCUUCCGGUCUUUGGAAAUUUUGGACCGAGGUGACCUGGAGACAUUGGGCGCCAGCGCCCCGGGGCUCGAUUUCCAGCCCCAUUAUUGGCGUGCCGCGUGACCUUGGGCUAGGCAGUGUUCCCCUUCCGGGGAACUCAGUUUCCACAUCUUUGAAAUGGGAUAGUUGAACUCAGGACUAGGAGGCUGGAAGGAGAUCUCCACGGUGCAGGGCUGAGAUGGAUCCGCUCAGGGCCCAGCAGCUGGCGGCGGAGCUGGAGGUGGAGAUGAUGGCUGAUAUGUACAACAGAAUGACAAGUGCCUGCCACCGGAAAUGCGUGCCUCCUCACUACAAGGAAGCAGAAUUGUCCAAGGGCGAGUCCGUGUGCCUGGACCGGUGUGUCUCCAAGUACCUGGACAUCCAUGAGCGGAUGGGCAAAAAGUUGACAGAGUUGUCUAUGCAAGAUGAAGAGCUGAUGAAGAGGAUGCAGCAGAGCUCUGGGCCUGCGUGAGGCCCCAGACAGGAUCCACCUCGAGGUGCACCCUGCCCCUUCCCACUUGUUUAAAGUGCUCCCAUAGGGUGUCAUCUGUGAAGACUGCCAGGCCUAGGCAUCUCUGGAGGGUUUCUGGGAGCCUGGGGGCUUUCUCCCAGUCGAAGAAUGGGUAUGUGUCACAUUGGAAUGUGACUAUAUGUGUAUGUGUACAUAUAUAAAAUAUAUAUAUAUAUAUUAAAAAAAAGUUUGUUGUCA